AUGAAUGUUGAUCACAAUAUUGAAAUUGAAAUCUUUUUUAUUUUAUUUUAUUAUUAUAGACCAGAAGGUAAAGAUUUUUCUAUACAUCGACUUAUAUUGGGUACGCAUACAUCGGAUGAACAAAAUCAUCUACUCAUUGCUAGUGUUCAUAUGCCAAAUGAUAAUGCACAAUUUGAUCCGAAUAGUUAUGAUGUUGAACGUGGUGGUAAGUUUUUUUUGUAA